GCCAUUUUGUCCAGUGAGGAAAAACGGAGCGGGAGCCUCGUUGAGGGUCGAGUCGGCUGCAAAUUUAGCGCGGGCUCCCUUCGCGCGCCCUCCCUCUUAGCAUCGCCAUGCAUCGUGACUCUUGUCCGCUGGACUGCAAGGUUUAUGUGGGUAACCUUGGGAACAAUGGCAACAAAACUGAACUAGAGCGAGCGUUUGGCUACUAUGGACCACUGCGCAGUGUGUGGGUGGCGAGGAAUCCUCCCGGUUUUGCCUUUGUGGAAUUUGAAGAUCCACGUGAUGCAGCUGAUGCUGUAAGAGAACUAGAUGGAAGAUAGUUGUUGGUGGAAAUGUAACCAAUGUCAACCUCUCUUCCCAGAACCCUCUGUGGGUGUCGUGUCAGAGUUGAGCUCUCCAAUGGUGAAAAACGGAGUCGGAACCGCGGCCCACCUCCCUCCUGGGGCCGGCGCCCUCGAGAUGACUACCGCAGAAGGAGUCCUCCUCCUCGCCGCAGAUCACCGCGAAGGAGAAGCUUUUCUCGUAGCCGCAGCAGGUCCCUCUCCAGAGACAGAAGAAGAGAGAGAUCACUCUCACGGGAGAGGAACCAUAAGCCUUCUCGUUCCUUUUCCAGGUCUCGCAGUCGCUCCAGGUCAAAUGAGAGGAAAUAAGACUUUGAGAAGGAGCUGUGUACAGGAAGUCGUUAGAUCUGAGUACGGGGAGUAUGUACAGAACAUUGUUUUGUUUUGGAAUUUCAUAAAGCUUGGUGCAUUUUUAAAAUGUUUUAGCUGUUGAACUUGCUUUGUUCCUUGUAUCUUGUAACAGGUGGCAAAUGUAAAGAUGUGAAUCUGUAUAUGGUUCUAAGCAGAUCAUAUGAAUUGUAAUAUUAAUCACUUUUUACAAUGUACCCUUACACUUAAUUGUUUGUGUUGAAUGGUUACCAGUUUGUCUUGCAUAGAUAAUGUUUCUGAUCUUGACAUUGUGCAGUAUGUGAUUGCUGGGGUUCAGCCUGGGGGGGAGUGUGCAGCAAAGUUGUUUGUUGCAGAGUGGUGGCUGUGAGUGGUGGUGGUGCAGGAAAGGUGUAGGUGCUGCAUAGUGCAGUACCAGCAGUCACAUUGAGCCAGCGGUGUGAAAGGGAACGAGCAAGCUGCUGUUACCCACAGCUGUAGUUCUGACUUGGAUUACCUGGAACAGAGCUCCUUUGUAUUAUGAUAUACAAUUUUAUAGCUUGUAGGGUCAGUUAAUUUUGUACUUCAUGUGACUAGAGUGCUUAAAUAGAUCUAGCUUGACCAUCUAUUCCAGGACUUCUGAAUAGACCAAAUACACAGCAGAACUGACAACUGGAGUGGAUGUGUUGACUGUGUAAUGGUACAUUGUAAAAGUUGUGAAUUAAACAUUUCUUUACUGUACAAGAAUUUUCAUGUCACUUGUAAAAUGUCUUUUGUGAGAUCCUUGGGAUUAAAGUUUUGGUUACAA